CCGUUGCUAAAAAGCUAAAUGAGCUGAGCUGAUUUAUGUUCAUUGAAACUUUGAAAUUUGGACUCGAAAAUGUUUUGAUUUGACAGUUUGACAGAACAGUGUUUGUUUGUUCAUAGUUCGAUUUACAAUAGUCACGGAAUUUAAGUUCGUGUUGAAUUUGGAUUUAAGACCAAUCCCAUUUAAAUGUAACUGCUUUGAUCAGUCUGGCUGCAGUUCAGUCAAAGCAUCACUGGAUAAUGUUUAAUUUCCUGUUGUCUGGAGUCCAGUCGAGAAAAAAGUGAUUGUUCAAACUUCACACACACACACACACGCACGUGUGUGUGUGUGUGUGUGUGUUCUAUAAAUAACCUGUGUGUGUGUGUGUGUGUGGACAGGGGGCGGGUGUAAGGGAGCGGACUUCAUGUGAAAAAGGAAAAGAAAAAAAAUUAAAGAAAAUAAAGCACAGGAAAGGAAAUGUGGCGUUCACGGACCUGCGCUCUGUAAAUGUGGAUUUAAGUGAAACCAGAUGGUUAGAGUUGCUGGUUCCGCCUGCCAGGCUCCUCCAGGACUCCUCCAGACUCCAGGACUCCGCUGAAACACACGGAUGCUUGUUUUUUUCUAGCAGACGGAACCGUUCCUCAGACCAAAGCUGUGGCUCUUUAUCGCGUUAGCAGAGAUUUUUAUCUUCUUUUGUGAAGUUUCCCCCAAUUCUCCUGACGGACCCGUUAUUUUCCCCCUUUACUAUCAGAGUCUGGAUCAGCUGACGCGACGUGGUUUUCUAGCGCACAAGAAUCAAACUCGUCUAGUUCGGACCCAGAAGGAUGGAGUCUCUAUGAGGAUUCUGGAGUUUUUUUAUGUUUUACUUUAAAAAUGCAUUUUGAGAAAGAGGCGUAAUUAAAGCGACCGACGCUUUGACGUGCACGGAAUACGCUUCGAAAACAGUAGCAUUUAACGUUGAACCAGCCGCUGGUGGAACUCUCUCGUACUUUUUAGUCUAACGAAGACUUUUUACUUACACCUGUGUAUUCGGCGUAUUUAUUACCGCUGUAGAUGAUGUUUAUGUCUGUUUUUCAUUGCAUGCGCCUCCACUUUCCUGUCAGGUCAGGACACCAGAGUCUCCGUUGGAGGUGAGCUCGUUUUAAAGUUUUAUUCGCUUCUUUAACAUUUUUCUUUUUACACACACGAGUUAAUAUAUUUCUUAAUAGUUUAUUCUGGUACAAAGCGCAUUCGUUACAAAAUAAUUAAUGAAAACAUUCUAUUUAAACUCCUAGCGGAAUUGCGCCUGUCCCAUCACGUCACCAUACUCCAUUAAAGAAACGCUCGUUUUAACUUUUGAAUGUCUUCUGACGUUACAUUUUUAUUCUUAUCCAAUUUUCAGUACGGUUCUACCAUCACUCGUGAACAGACUGGUUCUUCGGCGUUGCUGGUUUUUAGUCAUAAUGAACUUUAUAGCCUGGUCCAGUCUGACAACUCUGUUCCAGAGAGCUUAGCGUUAGGUUCCGUCAGGGAAGAGUGCGUUUUCAAGUUUGAACCUUUUGAUGAAAGUUUACAUGACAACGUCCCUGCCAACUCACAUGGAGCCGUUCCUGAAAUUCGGAUUGAACGUUAUAUGUUGUACUGAAUAAGACAUGGAACUUUGAAGUGAGUUUUUCCUGCCAGUAAACUUCGCCCAAUGAAGAUGAAGAGGAGGUUCUGCGGAGGAACAGCGGGGUAGUAAAGAGCAGUGACCAUGCGUGGCCUCUUGCCUUCAGCCAGCGGCCUCCUUCUGAUGCUGCUGCGCCGCCGCUCCUGCUCCGGACCUCCGCUGCUGCUGUUGCUCGCCAUCGCGGUGUGUUGUCUCUUCUACCAGACCGUAAUGGUCGCCCGUAACCGGCUCCGCUCCACAACGCACCCGGCUGCCGAGCUCCAGGGUUGGAAACAAUCUCGUGACGUCAUGAUGGAGGAGACCAGGAGGUUGAUCUCUGACCUGGAGGCUGCACACAGAAAAAGAGAUGCUCAGUCCUGGUCUCAGAAAACUCCACAUCGGCGACAGCGGCGGCGGGCCGUGGUUCUGUCAGGUCAACACCAGGUCUCUGACACCCAGGUCCAAGUGUACCAGCAGGUCCUGGAGCAGUUGGACUACGAGGUCCACAUGUCCACAUAUGCAGAGACCAGCAGCGUCCUCCGACCACAGCAAGGAAGUGGGUGGAACCUGUUGCUGUGUCUCAGCAGUGCCGAGCACAGUUGUCUCAGAAGAAUGUCCUUCCUUCACCUGCAGAGACAUCAGAGGGUCAACCUGAUUCCAGAGCUGAUGGAUGCCUUCUCUGAUGUUGGUGGUGGUCUCUGUCUCCUGUUCGCUCGUCUCCAUCUGACGGAUUUACCCAUGAGGCCAUUCUCCUGUGCAUCAUCCAAUGAGAGGCUGCCAUUUACUGAUGACAGAGCUCCACCUCCUGGCCUGGUUGCCAUCAUUAAUGUUUAUGUCCUGGUGACAUCACUCCAGCCACUGACAUCAUUCCUGCAUGACAUCAUUGUUGUAACGACCAAUCACGAGGCAAGAGGAAGACCCACGAAGCUGAGCCAUUUCCUGCCGCAGCAGCUGGGACCAGAAAACUCCCAUCAGGUUUUGAAGCAGAUAAAGAAAGUGAUUGGUGAAGUGCUGCAAAAAGUUGCAACCGAUGACAAGAAAAGACAGACUGACAGGUGUGUGAAGUGUUACCAGCUGCUCACCUUCACUCUGCUCUUCACUGGUUCCAUCUUUCCUGAGAUCAUCCAGGUGGACACGGACUUGACCUUUGACUCCCUAAAGGAUGAGACGUUUGAGGCAGAGAUAAACAGAGACCUGAUCCUGGAGGACACACUGAACUUCCUGCCGAGGUCAGAGCCUCACCUGUCCUCAGAGACAGAGACAGAGACAAAGGGAGGACAGUACAUCAGCUGCACAGAUUCACUUCCUGUGUGUUUGUCCGACGACGACUUUCUUCUUCUUCUGCAGUUCCACAGACAGAUGACCGCGGCUUCUUCUUUCCACCUGCUUUAUCCCAGCACCACCUGCUCCUCUCCCACCUCCUCCUCCCCCUCCUCCCUGUCUGACCUCCUCGUUCGUGUCAGUUGUUACUACAACAACCAGCGGGGUUUCAACUCCAGAACUGAUGAAAACAAUUCUUCCACCAAUCAGGAGUCAGCUUUGUCCCCACAGGGCGGAGCUUCAGGUCUUUGUGCGGACCCCCACCUCAGACAGAUCUAUACUCACCCCGGGCUCUCCUUGACGCCGCCCUUCAGUCGACUGGUGAAGGAGUACCGUGCUGAAGUGACCUUUGACACGGUAACAAUCCGGAUCCGGCCCGUGCCCGUCAGUUCGGGUUGUCAGGUCCAUCUGGACGAGCACCGGGGACCCAGGAUGGUCAACUACCCUCUGGGCCUCGGGUCCAGCAGGAUCAACAUCCUGGUGACAGACGACAGCGAUCCAGAACCUGAAGUCCUGACCGUCUACACUGUGCACGUGAGCCGGGAGAACCGACCCAGUCUUCCGAUGUUCUCGGAUCACGUGACCUGCAGCUUCCUACAGGACUGUGGACUCCUGGUCCGACCGAAUCAGUCCUGUGGUCUUCAGUCCCACGUCCCAUCGCCAGGUCCACGUCAGAGCUGCAGCUCAGGACAUGAACCAGGUCGUUGGAUAGUUCCGUGUCUCAGUUGCUCUGACAACAGGACCUGUGAUUGGAGGGAGGUCUCCUGGCAGCCGGACAGCUGUUACCACCCGUUAGUGGACCGUCCUCUGCUGCAGGACUGCAUGAAGGACAGGAAGCUGCUCUUCAUUGGAGACUCCACCAACCGGGGGAUGAUGUACUUCCUGAUGGAGCGCGUCAAUGUGUCUCUGGUGGACUGGGGGAAGGCCCACGACACGCUGGUCUACCACAACUUGAACAAUGGACGGACUCAGGUCAGCUACUCCUACUAUCCUCAGUUCUGGCUGGAGAAAGGACGGCGUCCAACGUUCAGACAGGCUCUGCUGCAGCUGCUGCACAGGUCGCGACCUCUGGUGGACUCCCACCAGACGGUACUGGUGGUGGGGGGAGUCCAGUGGCUCAACGUCGAUCAUCUAAAGACAGUCAGAGACGUGCUGGACAGAGAGUCUCUGAGAAACAUCCUGGUGGUGGUCAAGUCCUUAGGGAUGGGUUUCCAUUUGCCCGUGGACGGGAUCAGGUCUCUGAAUCUAAAAGAAAUCCAGGACCUUGACACACACAAUAGUAACAUCAUUGCCACUGCAAAGCAUCAUGGGCACGAGGUGAUUGACACAUUCAGUAUCACGAUGGGUCGUUACAAAGAGUUCCUGCAAGGACGCUGUGCGUGUCACUUCCACGAGGUGGAAAAAUUUGAGUCCCCGGCCAACAGUUGGUUCAACUUCACUGGACCUGGACUAGACCAGAGAGCGGAGCCUGAAAACUUCAGCUAUCACGUGAGAGGACCAGUGAACCAGGUGUACUCUGAGGUCCUCCUGAGCCGCCUGUGUCCCAGAACCAGAACUUAAAUGUCAGUGUGUGUGUGUGUGUGUGUGACUGUUGUAAUAUUUAAUAAUAAUAAUAUAAUAAUAUUUAAACAUAUCAUUGCAGUUAGUUAUUAUUUACGAAUGAAGAUAUUUAAAAGUAACCUUAACCUAUCAGUAACUUUCUGGCUCCAGAUACACGACCUUCUCACCUUUAUACCCCACUUUACCAAAUACAUUCUUAAUGCUAACAGUUAGCUUAACACAGUUC